UCUUAAGCAUACAGCUGCAUUUCUGCCUGUAAGGUUAUUAUUUUUUUUUUGUAGCAUACCAUUCUGAGGGCUUAAUUUUCCAGUGACGUUUUUGAAACAGUGAAGCAAGGACAGUCAUCAUUUUUUUGUUUUGUUUUCUAGUCACCGGUUUACUUUUAAAAGGAAAAACAUCCACCAUUUCCUUGUUAGUUAUCUUUGACAUUUCGCUCAGAAUGGCAGCUGAGGUGAACAUGAAAAAGAGUUUGAAUAUGAAAGGAUUUUUAGAAAAACGUAGACAAACACUGAAAUUCCACUGGCGACUUUAUAAAUUUCUGCUGGAGGGCUCAGUUUUGUCUUACUACAAGAUGCAAAAUGAAGAUGGGAAGGAGAUUGAGAAAGAGGGUAUUCUGUGGGGGAAAAUAGAUCUUCGUUAUGUGCAGUCUGUGAGAAAAGCUACAUCUGUUAGUCAUAACUUCCCCUUUGAGGUGGUGUUGUACAAUGGCAAAACAAUAAUCCUGUCUGCACAAAGUGAGGCGAAGAGGACAGAGUGGCUUCAGGCACUGUGGAAGGUGAUGCAUCUGUCUGGGCAAGAGGAACGCAAUUGUCGAUCUUUGACCUCCGACCUACACAGUAAGGAUAGUUAUAUGACCCACAGCUCUGACGAAGAUAACUGUGAAGAUUCUGCUGAAAAGAAAUCAAACCCCAGAAAGAUUCUGCCGAGGGCUCGCAUAAAAAGUGAUUUAUGUGUUACUUCUGAAAAAGAAGGCAAGAUGUCUGAAAGUCAGAACAGGAAGCAUGUGUCACUGGGCUUUGAGCAGACCUCAAUAACACAGGCUAGUUGCAACUCAGUCAGCAGUUAUGAUGGAGUGCCAAGUCCGGCUGUUGUUAUCAGUUCAACAAAAAUGUCAGAUAACAAGCACCUCCAAGAUAGAAAAACCGUGGUAAGCCCAGGUGUAGAAACCUGUACUGCAGCAGAGGCUUGUUCCGAUUCUGAGAAAUGUGAAAGUGGCAUUUACAAUAUUCCAAGAUCCACACCAUGUUUUGCAGAAGAGAAGGGAGCAGCUUCUGCUCUUGGGGCUAAUUCUGGACCAUUUCCUCGAGAUGAACGCUUUCUCAUUGAAGACACUGACAAAUUUAUAGAUGACACAUUUAAUGGGAUCACGUUUAACAGGCAGUCACAGCUUAUCUUAGAAGAUGUGCAUAAGAAACUGGGACUACGUGAAUGAAGUGGGACAGCAAAUCACAUUCCACCUAACUUUGUACUGGACAGGAAAAAAAUAAAACGUGAUGUUACUGUUGUCAUAUUUACAUGGGUGCAUACAUCUUCCCACAUGAUCAGGAAUUAAGAAUUAAACCUGAGAUCAUAAACUUUUGCAGCAGUAUCUGUACUAAUUACUAGGAAUUUAAUUCAUGAAACAGAUAAAUCCUAGCCCAUUCCCUACCUGGUUAAGGGACUUAUCAGGAAUCUCCUUACGUGGAUGAAAUGUAUGAGCAUUUAUGGUUCUGAUGGUGACUUUUUUAACUGUGAAUAAAAGCUAGGGUCAGUAAACCAUGCCAGUUUCUCGCUACUAAGGUGAUUAUUAGCACUUUCAUUCCUUUUGAGGGGACAGGGUAAUGUGGUCAGCAAGAGACAGUGCAUUUAAAAAACUCACACAAGCCAAAAUUCCUUUUUUGUUGUGUUCCUCUGUAUCUGCAUAUCACUUUCCCACUCUUUCCCCAAUUCACUUCUGCUUUCCUAUAGCAGGAGUGAGUCCUGUGGACUGCCAUCUGCAGCAUUGCGACUGUGGUGAAUGGCCUUUGAGCAACAAUUAAAAUCAUAUGAAUUUCA